UUGAUUUGUCAUCUUUUGAUUUAACCAUGUUUAAAAGAUGGCUGCUGGCCCUGCUCGCCCGGGUCGGCCUGGUAGUGCUGGGCCUCUGCUGCUGCAUGGCUUUGUUCUACCUCCUGGCCUGCAGGCCUGGAUCCAGGGGCCUCCAGGACCAUCCCCUGUGGUCCUCAGGCACCACCAGCAAGGAGGGGUACAUGGCACUGCUGCAGGAGAGGGAGGACUCCCAUAAGCAUUACAUAGACAGCCUGACCAAGCAGAUAGCGGAGCUCAAGGAGGCGCUCCAGGAGAGGACUCAGCAGCUGCAGGAGUCUCUGGAGAAAGCCAAAACCAAAGGGAUACUGCCCCUGGGCUUGGAGAGUCUGCAUAAAACCCCUACACAGUCUGACCUGAAGGAGUUCUUCCGCUCACAGCUGAAGCAAGCCGAGGUCAACACUGGCAUGGCGCUUCCCGACGAGUACGCCGUGGUUCCUUUUGACGCUUUCACCCUGCGCAGGGUGUUUCAGCUGGAGACCGGCCUGACCAGACACCCUGAGGAGAGACCUGUGAGGAAGGAUCGCAGGGAUGAGCUGAUAGGAGCGGUGGAGACGGCGCUGCAUGUCCUCAAUGGGCCUCAGCAACAUGUGGACAGCAGCAGGAGGAAGUACACAUUCUCCCCUUCGGACUUCAUAGAGGGGCUGACUCGCACCGAGCGUGACAAGGGCACCGUGUAUGAGUUGACGUUCAAAGGCGACGGCCCUCGGGACUUCACCAACCUGGUGCUCUUCAGGCCUUUCGGCCCCGUAGUGAAGGUGAAGAGCGAGCGAGUGGACACGCGGAACACGCUCAUCAACUUCAUCGUACCGCUCUCCAAGAGGGCCGACGCAUUCCGACAGUUCAUCCGUAACUUCAGGGAAGUGUGCGUCCACCUGGACGGCAAGGUCCAUCUAACGGUGGUCUACUUUGGGCGGGAUCAGAUUGACCAGGUGAAAGCUGCACUGGAUCAGACCACCAGGGAGACGCAUUUCAGGAGCUUCACGCUGAUCCAACUCAAUGAGGAGUUCUCACGUGGGCGGGGCUUAGAGGUGGGCGCCAGAGCUUGGAGGCGGAGCCAGAACGUGUUGCUCUUUUUCUGCGACGUCGACGUUCACUUCACAGCAGACUUCUUGACGUCUUGUCGCCUCAAUGCGGAGCCUGGUAAAAAAGUGUACUACCCAGUCCUCUUCAGCCAGUACAAUCCAUCCAUCAUCUACAGUAAUCACAGUCAGCUAACAAGCAUCCAACCGGUGAUAAGAAAGGAAACAGGCUUCUGGAGAGAUUUUGGUUUUGGGAUGACGUGCCAGUACAGGUCGGAUUUUCUCAACAUCGGUGGUUUCGAUCGUAGCAUUAAAGGCUGGGGUCUGGAGGAUGUCCACCUGUACCGCAAGUACCUCCACAGCAAGCUGAUGGUGAUCCGCUCGCCGUCGCGUGGCCUUUUCCACCUGUGGCACGAGAAGACGUGUGCGGACAACCUGCCCCCGGACAAGUACCAGAUGUGCAUGCAGACCAAGGCCAUGAGCGAGGCCUCGCACGGCCAGCUGGGGGAGCUCAUCUUCAGACAGGAGAUAGAAGCGCACCAAAACAUGAGCAGAAGAAGUUCAUGACUCAAGCAAGGCCAUGUGGU